UUCCUCCAGCCAACGCAUAAGAUUUGUACGCAAGCUGAGUGAAAAUCAUCUUCCAAAUUGGUUUAUCAUGUUUGUUAGAUAAUUGACAACAAAAUUGAUCGAAACUGCAUGAAUCCGCCGUACUGUGUUAUGAAUCUCCAGGUGCUUUUGAUAUAAUCAGGCUAAAAUAUUCGUCAGCUACCUAACUUUAAGUAAGAAACUUCCGAAGCCAUGUUCCUGUUACUGCUAGUAUCGAGUAUUUGUCUUCUAUUUAAUUGCGCCGUAUCGGCGAUACCGAAGCCAGAAGAGAAACGUGUGUUGGAUCAUGAGAUCAUCAAUCGUGUGCAGCACUUCCAGAACGAUGAACACAACAAGCAGUACGAUCACGAGGCAUUCCUCGGGGAAGACGCGAAAACGUUCGAUCAGCUAGAACCGGAAGAAAGUCGACGAAGAUUGGGUAUCAUAGUGGACAAGAUUGACACAGAUAAAGAUAACUUUGUCAAUUUAGCAGAGUUGAAAGCGUGGAUUCAGUAUACCCAGAGACGGUACAUAGAUGAUGACGUUAACCGACAGUGGAAACAGCACAAUAUGAAUGGUAGUGAUCAAAUUAACUGGGAUACUUACCGGAAGAAUAUUUAUGGUUUCCUUGAUGAUAUGGAUCCCAAGGAGCUUGAUCAAGGUGACGAACAUAAUUCUUACAAGCAUAUGCUAACUAGAGAUCGACGGCGGUGGAGCGUCGCCGAUAGGGAUGGCGAUGAUUCCCUAACUAGAGAGGAAUUCACUGAUUUCUUACAUCCUGAAGAAAGUCCUUACAUGAGAGACAUUGUUGUGCAAGAGACAAUCGAAGAUAUCGAUAAAGACCAUAAUGGAAAGGUGUCAGUGGAAGAGUAUAUUGGAGAUAUGUACCGUGCGUCGGAGGACAACGAAGACGAACCGGAAUGGGUGAAACACGAGCGUGAGACUUUCAACAACUUCCGUGACAAAGACAAGGAUGGCUUCAUGGACAAUCAGGAAGUCAAGGACUGGAUCAUUCCUGCCGAUUUCGAUCACGCUGAGGCGGAGGCACGCCAUUUGAUCUACGAAGCCGACUCAGAUGCUGACGAAAAAUUAACCAAAGAAGAAAUCAUUGAAAAAUACGAUCUUUUUGUUGGAUCACAAGCAACUGAUUUUGGAGAGGCUUUGACGCGCCACGAUGAGUUCUAAAAACAACAAACACUAGGUUUAUCUUCUUUCGUUGGUCGAAUACAAUCCGGUUUUAAAAACUUAACUAAUAUGCGAUCUUUUGCGAAUAACUUUAACAAAUGUAAAUACUCAGGCACCAGUUUUUCAAACGGGAUAACUUUGAACAAUACGCAUUACUAAUAUUAUGUGACCCUUUUAUGUUUGUAUGUGAAAUCGGUAGCCUAAUUUAUUUUAAUCUCAUGAUGCUUAUAGAUUUUAAUUUAUCAACUUAUAGUAUUGCAUGGAAUAAAUGGUAUCAAAUUUUA